GCACAUUUCUAGAUUGCUCUAGGCAGCAGCUUUGCAAAUUGAACAGGUUGGCAGCGCUUCAUUCUGAUUUCCAGGGGCACUGUUGGGAGCCUCUGGCUUUUAAACACAUCUAAUUUGCAAGGUGAUUCAGCAACAAGCAGAGAAACUAUUGCUGGGAUUUCCAUGUGACUUGAUUUAUGUCUUGAGAACCAUGCUGUAAAGCCUUGGAUUGUAAGCCUGGCAGCACCCUGUUUGCUGAAUAAAGGUCCAGGCGAUGGCUGACCCUUUGGAUCUAUCCUCCACAGCCCUUGAACUUUGUCGUGACUGCGGACAGCCUCACGUGUCUUCUGAAAACCACAUCUACAACUUCCAAGAUGAGGUGGAUGAUGAGCUGGUCUGCCACAUCUGUCUGCAGCCAUUGCUCCAACCUAUGGACACGCCAUGUGGCCACACCUACUGCUACAAGUGCCUAAAGAAUUUUCUACACGAGAAGGACUUUUGUCCUAUGGACCGCAAAAAAUUGUGUUUUCAGGACUGUCACAAGUCUAGCCUUUUGGUGAGAAAUUUACUGGAUAAGUUGAGUAUCAUAUGUCCCUUCCUGGCUGAAUGUAAACAGGUGAUGCAGCGAUGUGAGCUGGAGCCCCACCUACGCAACAGAUGUGCAGGCUUCAGAAAAUACAGAGCCGAAAGAGAUAAGAAGAGUGCCCCCAUUAAGGAUCCGAGUGAGGGGGAUGCCUCCAAAGCAAGCGGCCUUGCCAGCGUUCUAGCAGAAUCUUCACUGGCAGCUGUGGUAGCUCUUGGUACAUCUGAGCCAGGCCUGGUGAAUCCAGCAUUUGAUGAACAUGAUGAUGAUCAACAUCAUAGGACAAGUCUAAUAGCCGAGACAAGUACAGUAGAGAUACACCGAGAUGACCCUGACGAGGAACUGGGCAUGCGAAUUGUGGGGGGUAGAGACACCCCUCUGGGCAAUAUUGUAAUACAGGACGUGCUCAAGGAUUCUUUGGUUGCAACAGAUGGUAGGCUAAUGCCAGGAGACCACAUUCUGGAGGUUAAUGGAAUGAACAUUAGCAACGUGUCCCAUAGCCAAGCAAUUGCCUUGCUCCGGCAGCCUUCUUCUGCCUUAUACAUUACUGUUUUGCAAGAGAAAGGUUUCUCACAAAGGUCUCAACGUGCAGAAGGAACCAGCACAGCUAGUGCCUGCAAAGAAGUGGUCCAAGUUACUCUACUGAAGCGGGAUCGGUCAGAACCUCUAGGGAUCAAGCUGGUUAGAAAGACGGAGGAGCAUGGUGUUUUUGUUCUGGAUUUAUUAGAUGGUGGUCUGGCUGCAAAAGAUGGAAAAUUAAAGUGUAAUGAUAAGGUCUUGUCUAUUAAUGGUCAUGAUCUUCGACACGGGACUCCAGAGGCAGCAGCACAGAUUAUCCAGAAUAGUGAGGCACGGGUUAACUUUGUGGUUCUUCGGCAAACUCUGCAGCCCAUGGAAGACAAUGAAGAAGGAACUUCAUCAGGGAGCAGCAGCAAUGGGGAAAGUCCUGUCCAUACACGCAAGAGGCCAAGUCUACAUCCAUAUAGAAGGAAGUCCACACAGAGGGAUCAGCUUCAUGCAAAUUCAUCAAUGGAAAAAACAGUCUCUCUGAAGAAAGAGCCAAGGGAAUCUUUGGGAAUUACCAUAGGAGGAGGACGAGAUCAUAAAAACAGACUCCCCAUCUAUGUCUCCAGCGUUCAGCCGGUGGGGUGUCUGUUCAGAGAUGGCAGAAUAAAGAAAGGUGAUGUGCUCCUCACCAUCAAUGGGGUUGACUUAACUUGUCUUAGUUAUUUGGAUGCAGUCUCAGCACUAAAGUCAAAUGCAGCAUCUCACACUGUGGUCCUGAAAACCCUGGAAUUAGUAGCUACAGAGAGACAUGGAGAGACUACAGAAGGAGGUGUUGAAGUCACAAGGGAACCUGGGGGCAUCUGGUCUCCUCUAUGGGUCCACUGGUUUAGUCUUCCUAGCUCCCUGCACUGGUGUCGAUACAUUUCACUACGGAAGAGUACCUAUGACAGCUGGGGGUUCAGCAUUGUUGGAGGUUAUGAAGAGACCAAGGGAAAUCAACCUUUCUUCAUCAAAACUAUAGUGCCUUCUACACCGGCAUUUUUUGAUGGACGUUUAAAGUGCGGAGACGAGAUAGUUGAAGUAAAUGGAGUGAAUGCUGUUGGUAUGAGUAAUGCGGAGCUGAUCCCCAUGUUAAAAGAGCAGAAGAACAGAGUCAUACUGACGGUCGUCUCCUGGCCUGGAAGUCUCGUGUGAUUGCCAGAAUACUUUUUUUUUUUUUUAAUCUUUGAGCCUUUUGCACAACUCUCAGCUGGACUUUUUGCCUUCUACUCGUUUUCUUAUGUGUGUGAAGUUCUUGUCACUCUGUAAUUUUUGUUUAAUGUUCUCCAGCUAUAAAAUGUAGAUAUUUGUACCAUAAACUCAAAGCUCCCAUAGUCCUGGCUGAUCAGAUGUGAUCAGUGAAGCAAUAGAAUCUAUCAGGUUACAAUUUGCAGCAAUGAUACUGCAGUACUUUGUGAUGACCUCUCAAGCAGAUUUUCACCCUUCUAGCACCUCACCUUCUUCAUCUUAUCUUUCAAUAGCUGAAUGUGAUUUUAAAUUAUUGCCCUUCAUUUAAAGUGGAUCUAUCACAAAUGGACAAUUAGUAAAAAAAAAUAUAUAUAUGUCCUGUUGCUUCUAAUGCCUGUUCUGGAGAGUUGGACUUCAGUCACUUUCUGCAAUGCAACUAUAUGUAGGAUUACAUUUCACUAUAAGCAUUUCCAUACCAUACAGGUAAAAAUCUAGGGGUUCAAAUCUCUGAAUGCAGGCAUCUACCCAUGAAUGGAGAAGGAACUUUCAUGUCCCGAUAGCGGAUAUAUAAUUAAGUGCCCUGCCAUGUUAGUGCCUCUUUAACUACUUAAUAUCACCUACAGCUCUUAAUGAUGGACCCUUAAUACUGGUCUGGGAUGUCCGCCUGUGAUCUGAUGGCAGUUUAGCCUUCAUCUUAAGCUAUGAUCCCAACUUGCACAAUAUGAAUGAACCUGCCACAGCAGUCACUUGACAUCUAAGGUGUUUCAUGUUAGAAAGAUACAGUGAUUGUAUAUCAGGCCAUUUGGAGAUUUCAUUGUUACAUUCAGGCCUGAGGAAUCAUUACGUACAUUAUUCUGCUACUAGAUAAAUGUAUAUCCAUCUCGUGAACCAGCUAGGGAAAGUGACCUCUUGUGGUGUGGGCAUCCGGCCACUGAGCAGACUGUUUUGGAACAGGGCAAGUCAUUUUAAGUAUAAGGCAUCAUAAGGUAAGGGAAAAAAAUGAACAUACAGUAAAGUUAAGUAGAUUGUAAAUUAUUUACUGAAUCGUAGCUGAAAGCUGAGGCUGGAUUUACAUUUGCCAGUUUUGUGGAGGAUUUUUUUUAUUGUGAUUUGCACAAAACUAGCUUUUUUGUAAUUUUCUGCAAAUUGUUGCAAAAAAA